AUGAACUCCUUCGAAAGCACAGCCUCCAAUCCAAAUUGUGAAAAUCUACCGCGGAUCAGACCUGCUCGAAAAACCCUCAGUGGGCCUGUACGACACCUUUUCAAGAGGCUAAGUGGAGUGCCAGCCGAAAGCAGUCCACCGAAGAUUUCAAAGCUCGACCUCUCCGAGACUGCCCCGCCUAAGCGUCCCUCCUUCAGUAAAUGGAGGCGGCGACGAUCUGUCUUUCGCGAGAGACCCCUACCGGUGGAAGUUGAUACGCUAGCCAAAACUGGCCUCCAGGGAACUGACCCGGCUGCAGCUAUCGAUGCGACUGCCACAAACAAGCAUCUACUUGGCCUGAAUCAAACCGACUUCCCUGUCUGUCAUGUCCCCGCG